UAUUGCGGUUCGGCUUGAUUGGCGUUGAUGCAUCGAAUCACAAGGCAACUUGUCUAAAUGGUUAUAAAUUUCCAAACUCUUUAUCCGCACGACAUUUCCUUUGAUACGUCCGUUGCGUUCGGUUCAGUAUGCCUCCGGUUCCCAGUGUCGAGAAGAAACCCGCCACGUAUGACGUGUACGAAAGCACGCUGGAACCAAAGUACCAAGAACGGGCUCGGUUAGAACUCAACGAGGAGAGUUUCCGAAUAGAACCGGCGAUAGCCCGGAUGCGAGAGUUCAUCGCAAAGCACCCACGAAUCCAACGAUGUCGUACGGAUGCCAUAUUUCUGUUGAGGUUCCUUCGGUACCGGAAGUUCAACGUGGAUGCCGCGUGUGAAGUGCUGGAGCGGUGUCUAACGGCGUUGCAAGUAUCGCCAGAGUUUUUCACGUUAGAUCUCGAAAAUCCAAUGAUCGAGCGAUGCAUGUGUGUCCCACUUGGGCAGAAUAGUGACGGGAGCAUGGUGUUUCUGAUUCGAGUGGGAUCCUUCGAUCCGGCCACGUUCGAGCCGGAACAGGUAGUGCGCUUGAACAUGCUUGCGCUAGAAACGUACGUGUACGAUGAAGUGUAUCAAGUGACCGGAAUUACGGCCGUGAUUGAUCUUCACGGAAUGACGCUGGCCCACGCUGGUGCUAUCACGUUGCCUAAAUUGAGUGUCAUAAUGGAUUCAACGCACAAUUACCUGGGAGUCCGCAUCCAACGGAUUCAUCUCGUCCGACUGCCCAAGAUUGCCGCAACGGUAGUUGAUUUAAUUUCCAAGGCACUGUCGCCCAAGUUGCAGCAGCGGAUUAAGGUAAGAAAUCCCAUCGCUGGAAAAGAUUCCAAAUGGAUUACAUUGACACCCUCAAGGAUGUCUCAUAACUAG